AUGACUGAUCUGUUAUUGGAUCCAGCGAUUCGAACGUGGGUUUUCCUGCCAAUUGUCGUCAUCACAUUUUUGAUUGGCGUCUUGCGGCAUUAUAUAUCGCUUUUAUGGAUGAAUAAGAAAAAGGUGAGCGGUGCUUUUGGAUGAAAUUUGAAAUUGAAUGAAAUUUGGACAGUGGUGUUCGAAAUAUUCACUUCACUAAAUUUUUCAGAAGCCAAACUGUAUAUUUUUCACCAAAAAUAUAGUUUUGAUUGAUCUUUUUGACGAAAAAUGUUCGGACCGAAAUCUAGCCCUUUUGAAAACUAUAUUCAAAUACCCUAUUAUUUUUUUAAAAUUAACCCCUUUCCUCUGAAAACCUCGUAUAAUAAUUCUUCUAUCUUCAAUUUUCACAGAUUGAUCUCGAAAAUAUAGCCGAUGGACAAUAUCUUCUUCGAGCUCGACUACUUCGAGAAAAUGGUCGAUUCCUUCCAAAGUCAUCAUUCAACUCAAGACGACAAUAUUUGGUGGCUGAAGAAACUGGUUAUUUAUCAAAAGCUAUGAAUCGACCAGCAAAAGCGGCAAAUCCAAUGGCAGAUCCAACACAAAUGACUGAAAUGUUGAAGGGAAAUAUGAUGAAUAUGGUGAGAUUUUAGCAUUUUUUUGAAAAUUUGAAUUAAUUGAUGGGAAAAUUCAUUUUUUUUUUCUAAAUUUUUCAAAUAAAUUAAUCGGGAUUCAAAUUUAACCUGAAAAUCUUCAAAUUUCAACUCAAUAAUCAUUUUUUUUGCAGAUUCCAAUGAUUGUUGUUGGAGGUUGGAUUAAUUGGACAUUCAGUGGUUUCGUCACAACUCGUGUUCCAUUUCCGCUAACUUUGAAAUUCAAAGCAAUGCUUCAAAGAGGUGUUGAUUUAGUAUCAUUGGAUUCGGCUUGGGUUGGUUUUUUUUCAAAUGGGAAUUUUUUGGGACCUGACAAAACGUGGAAUUUUUAUUCAAAAUAAUUUUUAGAGUUUAAAAAAAUUUCAAAAAAACCAAGAAGCCGCAGUCUAAAUUUCAACAAAAAUAAUUUUCCGGUUCCAGGUUUCAUCAGCUUCUUGGUAUUUCCUUUGUAUGUUCGGUCUUCGCUCAAUUUACACUCUAGUUCUUGGAUCUGAAAAUGCAGCUGAUCAAUCAAAAGGAAUGGAAGAUCAAAUGACUGGAGUUGCCACAAAUCCACAAGCCGAUCCAAAAGCCGCUUUCAAAGCUGAAUGGGAAGCUCUACAGGUUCAACAACAUCAAUUUGCAUUAUAG